AUGGGACAUAUAUGGCUUAAACUUCUUGCCACUAUAGGCCAUUUAACCCCAAUAGAUGGUGGCUUUCAUCUCAAUAGUGAUGAAGAAGUAGUGUUUGAAGUUCUGGAAAGAUGGUCUGAAAGAGUAUGGGGCAAACAAGGUUGUUGCUUUGAUGAAGAUAUUGGCAAAGGUUCAUGCCAAACUAGUGACUGUGCUGGCCUUUUGCAUUGCCAACGCAUUGGUGCAGUCCCUCCAGCCACAGUUGAUGAAAUGACAUUUGGAACCUCUAAAUCAAACUUACAUUACUAUGAUGUGAGUUUGGUUGAUGGGUUCAACUUGCCCGUGUCACUGGUAACUGGAGCUGGUGAGGAGCAGUUGGAAAAUGUGAAUGUGGGGCAAACUUAA